AUGCUGGGUGGCCGUGUCAAGACCCUCCACCCUGCCGUCCACGGCGGUAUCCUGGCUCGUGAUAUCGAGUCCGACGAGAAGGAUCUGGCCGAUCAGAACAUUGCCAAGGUGGACUUCGUCGUCUGCAACCUCUACCCCUUCAAGGAGACUGUCAAGAAGGUCAACGUUACCAUCGAGGAGGCCGUCGAGGAGAUCGACAUUGGCGGUGUGACUCUUCUUCGUGCUGCGGCCAAGAACCACUCGCGUGUUACCAUCCUCUCCGAUCCCGAGGACUACCCCGAAUUCCUCAAGGAACUGGAGGCCGGAGAGAUCACCGACUCCAGCCGGAAGCUGUAUGCGCUCAAGGCCUUUGAGCACACCGCCGACUACGACUCCGCCAUCUCGGGUUUCUUCCGCAAGCAGUAUGCCGGCACCGGCGAGCAGCACCUCUCUCUGCGCUACGGCACCAACCCCCACCAGAAGCCCGCCUCCGCCUACAUGUUCCAGGGCAAGCUGCCAUUCAAGGCCCUGAACGGCUCUCCCGGCUACGUCAACCUGCUGGACGCCCUCAACGCCUGGGCUCUGGUUAAGGAGCUGAAGCAGGCGCUCGGCUACCCUGCCGCCGCCAGCUUCAAGCACGUUUCCCCGGCCGGUGCCGCCGUGGGUGUGCCUCUGAACGAGAAGGAGCGCAAGGUCUACAUGGUUGACGACAUUGCCGGCCUCGAGACCUCGGGUCUGGCUCAGGCGUACGCUCGUGCCCGUGGUGCCGACCGCAUGUCCAGUUUCGGAGAUAUCCUCGCUCUCAGCGACGUCUGUGACGUUCCCACCGCCAAGAUCAUCUCGCGCGAGGUGUCGGAUGGUGUCAUCGCCGCCGGGUUCACCCCCGAGGCCCUGGAGAUCCUCUCCAAGAAGAAGGGCGGCAAGUACCUUGUGCUCCAGAUGGACGAGAACUACGUGCCUGCUGCCGAGGAGACCCGUACCCUGUACGGUGUUCAGCUCACCCAGCACCGCAACGACGUUGUGAUCUCCCCCCAGAAGACCUUCAGCACCGUCAUCACCCCCAAGGACUCGGCCGCUCUCUCCGACUCCGCCCUACGGGAUCUCACCGUGGCUACCAUCGCCCUGAAGUACACUCAGUCGAACUCGGUCUGCUAUGCGCUUAACGGCCAGGUCGUCGGUCUGGGUGCCGGCCAGCAGAGCCGUAUCCACUGCACCCGUCUGGCCGGUGACAAGACCGACAACUGGUGGAUGCGCUUCCACGACCGUGUGCUGAACAUUAAGUGGAAGCAGGGCACCAAGCGUGCGGACAAGAGCAAUGCUAUCGAUCUGCUUUGCUCCGGUCAGACCCCGCGCAACGACGCCGAGAAGGCCGAAUACGAGCGCGUGUUCGAGGAGGUUCCCGCUCCGUUUACCCUGGAGGAGCGCGAAGCCUGGAUUCAGAAGUUGAGCGAGGUUGCCGUCUCGUCCGAUGCCUUCUUCCCCUUCAUCGACAAUGUCUUCCGGGCCGCCCGCUCCGGUGUCAAGUACAUUGCCGCCCCCAGCGGUAGCCAGAACGACGGCCCCGUCUUCGAGACCUCGGAGAAACUCGGCAUCACUUUCGUCGAGCAGGGCACUCGUCUCUUCCACCACUAA